CACGAGUACAAGUCCAACCUUGACAUUGUGUCCAACGCUAGUUGCACCACUAACUGCCUUGCUCCCCUUGCCAAGGUUAUCAACGACAGGUUCGGAAUUGUUGAGGGUCUUAUGACUACCGUUCACUCUAUCACUGCUACUCAGAAGACUGUUGAUGGACCAUCAAUGAAGGACUGGAGAGGUGGAAGAGCUGCUUCAUUCAACAUCAUUCCCAGUAGCCAGAAACACAGAAACAAGAAUACAAGACGACCAAGGGCUAUCAAGGGCGCUGUCAGAUCUGCAGUGUCUUCGGACAUAGCGCCAGGAGAUGUCCUCAGAUGUUCCAGCAGACCACCAAUGUCAGCUCAUCACCGUUUCGCCCCUGGCAACCGAGAGCUAAUGUUGCUAUGGCAGGCCAAUAUCCAUCUCAGGCGUGGCUUAUGGACUCUGGUGCAACCCAUCACCUCACCAGCGACCUCCACAACAUGUCUAUCCAACAACCCUAUACUGGCGAUGACUCGGUUAUGAUUGGUGAUGGCUCUGGCCUUCCCAUCACUCACACUGGUGAAGGAUCUCAGUUCGGGGGUCCCGUUAAUCCAAGGCAAGACCAAGGAUGAGCUGUAUGAGUGGCCAGCCCAACCUACUACCCUUCAAGCCUUCUUUGCUUCCUCCAAACCAAAAACUACUUUGUCUGAUUGGCAUUUCCGCCUAGGACAUCCUGCUGCUUCUAUCCUCAAAAAUGUUGUUUCAAAUUUUUCUUUACCUUGCACCCAAUCUGUAUCCCAAAACACUUUGUGUCCAGAUUGUUCUAUCAAUAAAUCUCAUAAAUUACCUUUUCACCAAAACACUAUCAUCUCAUCUCGCCCUCUCCAAUAUAUAUACACUGAUUUGUGGAGCUCACCCAUAGUCUCUGUUGACAACUACAAGUACUACUUGGUGCUAGUUGAUCACUUCAGCCGCUACACAUGGCUUUAUCCUCUCAAAUUGAAAUCACAAGUCAAAGAGACAUUUCGCGUCUUCAAAGCACUUGUAGAGAACCAAUUCUCGACAAAAAUAGGGACUCUAUACUCUGAUAAUGGAGGUGAGUUCCUGGCUCUUCGACAACUCCUAGCAGAAGCUGGCAUAUCCCAUCUCACAUCACCUCCGCACACACCAGAACACAACGGAAUUUCCGAACGGAAACACAGACAUGUAGUAGAGACAGGCCUAACUCUACUUACUCAUGCCUCCAUGCCGAAAAAAUACUGGACAUAUGCCUUCUCAACCGCCACCUAUCUCAUCAAUCGCCUCCCUACACCAGUACUGGACAUGGACACACCGCUACAUAAGCUCUUUGGAACCCAACCAAACUAUACCAAGACAAGGGUUUACGGCUGUCUCUGCUUUCCCUGGCUCAGACCCUACACCAACAACAAACUAGAAGACAGAUCAACCCCAUGCGUAUUCAUUGGCUACUCUUCCAGCCAAAGCGCCUACUUAUGUCUUCAAGUCAACACCGGCCGCAUCUACGUCUCGCGACAUGUUAAGUUUGAUGAGACAACCUUCCCGUUCACCAAACUUCCCACACCACCCCUCACCCCUCAACCACCCGAAAACCCACAAAGCCAUCAAUCACCACCUUUCACAACAGUUCCCUUACCUGAACCACCACUCGUACAGCAAACGGGAACCUCGAGCUCCGUCCCUCACUUGUCAGAUCAGGUAAACUCUACAACUCCUUCUAUUGGUGUUACUAAUAGUGAUCAUGUGAGUGCAGUGAUACCUACAUGCUCUGCCUCACACCAUGAAGAGAGCGCUUCUACCUCCACAGAAUCGCAAUCUCGCGACCAACACACGCACUCUUCACCCUCGCAUUCUGCUCAAGAAGCAAAUCAACAGAGGUCCUCAUCAACGUCAACCUCCUCGUCCUCAUCUCAACCGCCACCACCACCUCCUCCCGCUGCUGAAAAUCGUCACUCUAUGGUGACAAGACGAAAGAAUCAGAUUGCUAAACCAAAUCCCAAGUAUAACUACUCUGCGGUGUUAAGCUCUUCACGCCUUGCUGAACCAAAUACGGUUGCUCAAGCACUCAAAGACAAGGUAUGGAGAGGAUCCAUGUCUACUGAGAUUGAUGCAUUUGCUCGAAAUGGAACCUAUAGCCUGGUGCCCCGACAACCUCAUCAAAACGUUGUAGGCUGCCGAUGGCUCUACAAAAAUAAAUAUAAUGCUGAUGGCUCUCAUCGGAACAGCAAGUCUCGCUUGGUCGCUAAGGGUUACAAUCAGGAGUUCGGACGAGACUACAUUGAAACCUUUAGCCCAGUAGUGAAGUCUACCACCUUGCGACUUGUGCUUGACAUUGCCGUGAGCAACUCGUGGCCUAUUAAGCAGUUGGAUGUCAACAAUGCGUUCUUACAAGGCACACUAACUGAAGAAGUCUAUAUGGAUCAACCACCGGGGUUCGUCGACGCAGACAAACCUGAUCAUGUGUGCCGCUUACACAAGGCAGUCUAUGGCCUUAAACAGGCUCCAAGGGCGUGGUACAUUGAACUUCGAACGUUUCUUCUCAGCCUUGGCUUUCAGAACUCCCUCUCCGACACAUCACUCUUCACACUCCAGAACGGUUCUCAUCACAUUUACCUUCUUGUUUAUGUCGAUGACAUCGUGGUCACUGGCAACACGGUGUCUGGAAUUGAACGCAUUCUCAACCUACUUGCAGAGAGGUUCUCAGUGAAAGAUGCUGAGGAUCUGAAUUAUUUCCUUGGCAUUGAGGCUCACCGAACUAAAACAGGACUCCAUCUCUGCCAGCGGAAAUACAUACUCGAUCUUCUUCACAAAUACGACAUGACCAAUGCCAAACCGGUAACCACUCCAAUGGCCUCCUCUCCUAAGCUACAACUCAACUCUGGCGUUUCUUUAUCUGAUCCAACAAAGUAUCGUCGCCUAAUAGGAAGUCUCCAAUACCUUCAGUUCACACGGCUUGAUAUUGCUUUCGCAGUGAACAAACUGUCACAGUUCAUGCAUCUCCCUACUGAAGAUCACUGGCAAGCUGCGAAGAGAAUACUCAGGUACCUUGCUGGAACUCCAAGCCAUGGUAUUUUCUUCUCUGCAUCGAACAAACUUGUGCUUCAAGGUUACUCUGAUGCGGACUGGGGCGGUGACUCCGACGACUAUGUAUCCACCAACUCAUAUGUCGUCUAUCUGGGAAAGCAUCCGGUUUCCUGGUCUUCUAAAAAGCAAAAUGGAGUUGCAAGGUCCUCUACAGAGGCCGAGUACAGGGCCGUUGCCAAUGCAGCAUCAGAAAUCAACUGGAUAUGCAAUGUCCUGUCCGAACUUGGCAUCUCCUUACCGACUGCUCCUGUUAUUUUCUGUGACAAUGUAGGUGCCACGUUCUUGUGUGCCAACCCGGUCUUUCACUCCCGCAUGAAACACAUUGCUCUCGACUAUCAUUUUGUCAGAAACCAGGUUCAACGUGGUGCUCUUGCAGUAGCUCAUGUUAACACACGCGAUCAACUAGCAGACGCACUGACGAAACCACUCUCUCGAGCACGCUACUUGGAACUCAGAAACAAGCUGGGAGUGUGUUCCCCCACUCCAUCUUGAGGGGGAAUGUAAGAGAUAAGAAGAUAUACGAUGAAGAUCUCACAUUAACUUCUCAAUAUUAUAGUUCCUCUGUUUUAGGAAUGUUGUUAAUAUCUUCCCUAGAGUCUGUGGUGUAUAUAUUGCUCCUCUUGUACAUUGUUAAUAAUAAGUUUAAUACAUUU